AUGUGGACGGACGUCGAGGCCGAAUACAAGGCCUGUUCCGCGGUGAUGGCUGACGAGGAUCCAGAAAUCCAAGCGGACAUCCGGGAAACAUAUGGCGAAUGCUAUGGGGUAUUUGAGCAGUGUCUCAGCGACCUCAAUGCCCAGCUGGCCACAUCCAUACCACCGUUCGAAGCUAUCCAGGCUCAAGUCGCGGGUUUAAACCAAACCGUAGCGGCUAAGGCGCAAAAGCGUUGCCACUUCAUGAUCGGGGCCGCCUCCAGGCCGGGCCUCAAGAUCGAGACCACGGCAUAUGUUCUGCCUCAAUUAGCAGGCAACCUUCCUUCAUAUCCGAUACCGCAGCACUUCUUGGAUAACCUUCCAAACCUCCAAUUGGCAGACCCUUCCUUCCACCGAAGCUCGCAGAUUGAUGUGCUUCUAGGCGCUGACAUCCUUCCUUCUAUCCUGUUGAGCGGCUUCCAGUCUGCCAUUUGUGGCUCGCUGCUGGGACAAGAGACCAUCUUCGGGUGGGUCCUAUCCGGUCCGGUAUCAGCUGACUCGGCUCGGACGGUUUCCGCCUUCACCACGAAGCUCUCGUUUAAUUCGGAUGUCCGACUCGAGAAGCUUCUCACCAAAUUCUGGGAGUGUCCAGAAAAAGUCGAGCUAGGCCACUCCAGAAGCGCGGCCCAGGCCCAGUUCCUUAGAAACGAGCAGCGGCUGCAGCGGAACUUGCCGCUCAAGAAGCAGUACGACUCCGUCAUUCAGGAAUAUUUAGAGCUCGGCCACAUGACAGCGGUUAGGCCUAGUCAUGAUUCCGGCCAUUUCUACCUGCCACAUCACGCCGUGUUUAAACCCGACAGCACCACAACCAAAUUGCGCGUAGUCUUCAACGCCUCCAGCCCGUCUUCCAACGGGAAAAGCCUCAACGACACGUUGCAUGCUGGGCCAGUCCUUCAGUCUGACUUGACCAUGCAAAUCCUGAGGUGGCGCGUCUUUCGCUACGUUUUCAAUGCCGACAUCAACAAGAUGUAUCGGCAAAUCCAAGUGGCUUCCCAACACACGCCCUAUCGGCGAAUACUGUUUCGCGACCGUAACGGGGACGUGUGUGACUACGAGCUCACCACUGUCACUUUCGGAGUCAACUGCGCACCGUACCUCGCCCUCCGCUUCCUCAAGCAACUCGCACAAGAGGUGCGUCCACAGCUGCCGAUGGCAAGCGUCAUCCUGGAGAGCGACAUGUACGUGGACGACGUGCUCGCUGGUGCUCACUCUCAGUCUCAUGCAAUUUCCGCCAUUGCUGAACUACGCGAAGCACUCGACUCUGCAGGGUUUCCGCUCCGAAAGUGGACAGCUAACCAUAAGGGCGUCCUGCGCGAUAUUCCAGUCGACCACUUACUCCGCGCUGACUUCCUAGAGCUGGAAGAGAGUAGCAUCGCUAAGACGUUGGGAAUCCGAUGGCAAGCCAGUGCCGACGAGUUCUUCUUUUCGCCUCCCGCCUUAAACGAGCGAAAAUCCUGCACGAAGCGCAAUGUGCUGUCCCAGAUCGCGCAGCUCUUUGAUCCAGCGUGA